AUGUCGACCAAGGCGGAAUCCACGACCAAGAAGUUCGGCAAGGGCACCCGGGAGGUCCCCGCCUCUUCCCAGAAGGCCUCCAAGUGGUACCCUGCCGACGAUGAGCCCCAGGCUAAGAAGGUCCGCAAGGCCGUCCGCCCCUGGACUCCCCGCCAGACCCUCGUGCCUGGCACCGUCCUCAUCCUGCUCGCCGGCCGCUUCCGCGGCAAGCGUGUCGUUCUCCUGAAGACCCUCGACCAGGGUGUCCUCCUCGUCACCGGCCCCUUCAAGAUCAACGGCGUCCCCCUCCGCAGGGUCAACUCCCGCUACGUCAUUGCCACAUCCGAGAAGGUUGACGUUUCCGGUGUCGACGAGAAGAAGCUCGAGGAGGUCUCCGCGCCCAAGUACUUCACCGCCGAGAAGGCCAAGGAGAAGGCCGGCGAGGAGGCUUUCUUCAAGCAGGGCGAGGCUCCCAAGAAGAAGGAGAUCAACAGCAGCCGCGCUGCCGACCAGAAGGCCAUCGACAAGGCUCUCCUGGCCAACAUCAAGAAGGUCGACCUGCUCGCCAGCUACCUGUCCAGCACCUUCAGCCUGCGAAAGGGCGACAAGCCCCACGAGAUGAAGUGGUAA